AUGGUGGGUGUUUUGGGGUUGGUUGUGUUUUGGGGGUGGGUGGGUGUGUGUGUUGGUGGGGGGGGGUGUAGGGGUGUUUGGUGUUGGGGGGGGGAGUGGGGUGAGUGGGGGGGGGUGUGUGGGGGGUUGUUUUUGUUUGUUGGGUGGUGUUGGGUUUUUGGGUGGGUGGUUGGGUUGGUUGGUUUUGGGGUUGGGUGUUGGGUUGGGUUUGUGGGGGUUGUUGGGGGUGUUGUGUGGGGUGUUGUAGUUGGGGGUUUGUUUUUUGGUGGGUGUUGUUGUUUGUUGGGGGGGGGGGGUGUGUUGUUUUGUGUGAGUUUUGGUUGUUUGUGUGUUUGUUGGUUGUUUUGGUUUGUGUGGUUUGGGGUGGGUGUGUUUUUUGUUGUGUUGGGGGUGGUGUGGUGUGUGUGUGGUGGUGGGGUUUGGGUGUUGUUGUUUGGUGUUGGUUGUGUGUGGUUUUGGGUUGAGUGGGGGGGGGGUUGUGGGUUUGUUUGGUGGUUGUUGUGUGUGUGGGGGGUGGUUUGUGUGGGUUGGUUGGUGUGGGUUUAUUGUUGUGUGGUGGUUUGGUGGGGUGGGUUGGGGGUUGUUGGGUGGGGUUUGGGGAGGUGUGGGUUGUGGGUGUUGGGUGGGGGGGGUGGGUUUUUGUGGUGUGUUGUAGGUGGGUGGGGGGGGGGGUGUGGUUUGUUGGUGGGGGAGGGGUGGGGGUUGUGUGGUGGGGUUGUGGGGGGGGUUGUGGUGGUGUGUGGGGGGUGGGGUGGGGGGGGUGGGGUUGGGUGGGGUGGGUGGUUGGUGUUGGUGGGUGUUUGGUGGGGUGUGGUUGGGGGGGUGGUGGGGGGGGUGGUGGGUUUUGGGUGGGGUGGGGGGGUGGUUGGGUUUUUUGUUUUUUUUGUGUUUUUUUUUGUUGUUGUUGAUGGGGGGUGGUGGGUUGGUGUUGGUUGUUUGUGGUGGGUUUGGGUGUGUGUGGGGGGGUUGGUGGAUUGGUUUUUGGUUGGUGUGGUGGGGGGAGGUGGGGGGGUGUGGGGGGUUGGGUGGGGGGGUUUUGUUGUGUGGGGGGGGGGGGGGUGGGGGGUGGUGUGGGUGUGGGGGUUUGUGUGGUGGGUGGGGGUGGGGUUGGGGGGUGGGUGUUGUGGGGGUUGUGGUGGGGGGGGGGUGUGGUGGGGUGGUGUGGGGGUUGUUGUGUGGUGGUGGUGGUGGGGGGGGGGGGGGGGUGGGGGUGUUUGGGGGUGUGUGGGGGGGUGGGGUGUGGGGGUGGGGGGGGGGGGGGGUGGUGGUGUUGGGGGGGGGUGGGGGUGGUGGUGUGUUGGGGGGGUGGGGGUGGGGGGGGGUGGGGGGGGGUGGUGGGGUGUUUUGGUGUGGGGUUGGGGGGGGGGGUUUGGGGGGGUGGGGGUGUUUGGUGGGGGUGUGUGGUUGGGGGGGUGGGGGUUUGGGGUUGUGGUGGGUGGGGUGGGUGGGGUUUGGUUGUGGUGUGGUGGGUGGGGGGGGGGGUUGGUUGUGGGGGUGGUGGGUGGCUUGGGUGUGGGGGGUGUGGUGGGGGGGGGGGUUGGUGUUGUUGUGGUUUGUUUGUGUUGUUUGGGGGGAGGUGUUGUGGGGUGUGGGGGGUUGGGGUUGGGUUGUGUAGUGUGGGGGGGUGUUGUUUGGGGGGGGUGUGGGGUGGUGUGUGUUGGGUUGGGUUGGGGUGGUGUUGUGUUUGUUUGGGGUGUGGGGUAUGUGUGGGGUGGUGGGGGGGUAGGGGUGGUGGGGAGGGGUGUUGGUGGAGGGUGUGUUAUGUGGGGUGUUGUGGUGUUUUGUGGGGGAGUUGGUGGGUUGGUGUGGGGGUGGUUUUGGGGAGUGGGUGGUUGUGGGGUUUUUUGUGGUUUUGUUGGUUUGGGUGGGUUUUUUGGGUGGUGUGUGGGUUGUGGGUGGUUUGUGGGUUUGGGGCGUGGUUGGGGGGGGUGGGGAUGUUGGGUGGUGUGUGGGGGUGGUUGGGGUGUGGUAAUUGUGGUGGGUGUUUGGUUGGGGGGGGUGGUGUUGGGGGGAAAGAAUUGGGAUGGUGAGGAGUGGUGGUUUUUGUGGUGGGGUGGGUGGGGGUGGGGGGUUGGAGGUGUGGGGGGGUUUGGGGUGAGUUGGGUUUGUAGGGUUGGGUUUUGGGUGUUGGGGUUGUGGAUGUUUGUUGGUUGUUGUGUGGGUGUUGGGAGGUUUUUGUUUGUUUUGGGUGGUGGAUGUGGGGUUGGGGUUGGUGUGGGUUUGUUGUUUGUGUGGGGUUUUGGGUUUUGGUAUGUUUUUUGUUUUGGUUUGGGUAUUGGAUUUUGUUUUGUGUGGAUUGUUUGGUGGUUUUGUGUGGUUUUUUGGGGUUGGGUGUUUGUUAUGUUUGUUUGUGUGGUGGGGGGGAUGUGGUGGUGGGUAUGGUGUUUGGUUUGGGGGGGGGGGGGUAUGGUUGGGUGGGUGGGUGGUUGUGUGGAAGGGGGGGUGGGGGGGGGGGUGGGGGGGGUUGGGUUUUGGGGGGGGGGGGAUUAG